CUACCAUUAUUUUUGUUGACUGUGGAAGGUUCUGCUUUAGGUUCUGUGCUACAGGCGGGCGGUCUUCUGCUGGUUGACGAGUCCUCUGGCAGUCGGUACGGGUUUUGUGCGCGCUAUGGAAGUGCCGGAUUCGUUUCGUGAUCGAGAGGCCGAGCGCCGAGCGAGAAGGACGGAGCAGCGACGCAAGCAGCGGCAGGUCGAGCGCGAGUCGACCGACCCCGAAAUCGUCGCCAGGCGCCAGGCACGAGCUGAACAAGUCCGGCUAAAGGCGCGGGCUUGGCGUGCCCAGGAAACUCUCGAGGAACGUGCUCGGCGGCUUGCGACAAUGCGGAUGUACCAGGCAAGACGGCAUAGCUUAGAAACUCCUCAACAGCGUGAAGCCCGUUUGGAAGCACAUCGCAUUGUCUUGCGCGAAGCCCGGAAGCGAAAGGCCGAACAGAAUGUCCGGCUUCACGCGAGCGCCACCAAUUCCAUCGAUAACCCUUUGGGGUACAUAUGCUCUGUGUGUGAUCGUCUCUGUCAUCUGCGAGACAUCGUUUCCGUCAACAAGACUUGGGUUCCCGUGCUGGAGCAAAUUUUUCCCGAGGCUGACGUUACCACCUUCAGCGUUUGCACCACCUGCCAAGGCUCACUUCGUAAAGGAAGGAAUGUUCGAAAGAAAGCUCAGGAGCAGUGUGCAAAGAAAGGCCAAGAAUGCGAGGCAAAAGGUUCCACUACAGAUGUGAAAUCUCAAGACAACUUGUCAAAUGAGCAGUGGCACGAUGUGGCCACCGUAUCGCGAGGAGCUGAGCAGAGAACGCCAAGCUGCCAUCAACGACUUGUUUCCUUCUGCAGCAGACAUCUUCGAACAGUAGACGUUCAGACUGCAACGACACCUUCCUCUCUAACCACCAGAAACACACAGACUGAUAGUAAACACAAAUGGGUGCCAACCAUGGGUCCUUCAGCCAUCAAGAAAGAUACUAGUCUGGCAAGCACCUGUGAAAGCUCUAGUACCAGGAUUUCAGCAGCAGAGUCUUACUCCUUGCCUGAUUAUGGCACACAGACAAAGUUUAUGGAACACAAAUAUGUUCAAACAGCAUCAUUUGUAGUGACAAGGGCAAUACAAACGUGAGCUCGUCCAUCCUCAGUGUCUGUGACAGUGAAGAUUGCAGCCUAACUUCAAGGCCAACUUAGGUCGCUGAUACAUGCCACUUUUCAGAGAGCCUCUUUGAUGCCAGCUUCACUCGCUUGGAACUAAGAUGUGUGCGAGUUCUUGUUGACCAUAAGCCAAGAGCUCGCUUCCUAGCACUGGUUGUUCCCUACAGCACUGGAAGCUCGUCCUGUAUUUGCUGUGACACCAAUAUUUUGAGAUACUGAGAAGGAAAGUUUCGGAGAUGGCGGAAGCUGAGGAGCUCUUGGCCAGUGUGUCAUGCGGGAUGGUGGCACCAUCCCUCUUGUAAACUCCACUUGUACACGGUGCGCUCGCUGACAUUUGUAACUGCAACUAUUUUCUUAAUUAGGAGUCAUGUACGUUUACCCCACUUCUUCUGCACUGUUCAAAGCAUGUUCAAAGCAUGUUCAAUGGCAACUUAUUCGUUCCUUAAGUGUAAAGGAGCAGCUUGGAACGAUGCCACACAAGCAAGUCUGCAGACACCAUUCUUUCGAAGGAUGAAGCACUACCCAGGAGGGAAUGCUCUGCGCUGUUGUGGCUCUGCGAACUACACAUAUGAAUUUAUCCACUGUGAAAGCAGUUAUUUGCUUGUACUUUUUAAGUACAAAUUAAUGUCUAUGUGGCAGCAUUGCAUCAAUGUUGUUCUUUGCCCAUUUUCAUUUGAACAAGUGGACAACUCUUAUUUUUAGUAUCGUGAACCUCAAUAAAUAUUUCAUUAAAAACGUGGGCAAGGUUGCAAAAUAAACCAGCCUGCAGAGAAGCUUCCAAGUGAAUACCUGCCAGCAAAACCUCUUGUAGAGGCCAUUUAGUCGAACGCCUUCCGAACU